CAAAAGGGAUUUCUCUCAGCAAAAUAACUAAUUCACCAUCUCUAUAUAUUGGAGCACUAACCAUAAAUUCUGUACAAGCAAUUAUUUGCACAUCAGUUCUGCUCUCUCUGUAGUGGUGUAUCAUACCUGGACAAUGAGAACCGUGUUUUCAGUGCUGUUUCUGAUGUUAUUCUGUGCUCUGCAACUUAUCUCGGCUGGUCCUUUUGCAGUUGAGACAGCACAAAGGAUCUGCUGCCCAAGAGUAGCCAAGGUCAUUAUUCCUCUGAGAAAGCUGGAGUCUUAUUUCUGGACAAAUCGCAGUUGCCCCAUCAGACACAUUGUGUUCAUAACCAAAGCUAAGAAACGUUUCUGUGUGAUCCCUGAUAAUAACUGGGUCAAGCGGGCCAUGAACCACGUUAACAAAAUGAAAAGUGCUUCCAAAUCACCACAAUGAAACUUGAGG